AUGGCCGGCGGUGCCAUCGUGAACACGGGCGGGGGCAAGGACUACCCCGGCAAGCUCACCCUCUUCGUCCUGCUCACCUGCAUCGUCGCCGCCACCGGCGGUCUCAUCUUCGGAUAUGACAUCGGUAUCUCAGGCGGCGUGACCUCCAUGGACCCGUUCCUGAAGAAGUUCUUCCCGGAGGUGUUCCGGAAGAAGCAGGAGGCCAAGACCAACCAGUACUGCAAGUACGACAACCAGCUGCUGCAGACCUUCACCUCCUCCCUCUACCUCGCCGCGCUAGUCGCCUCCUUCUUCGCCGCCACCGUCACCCGCGUACUCGGGCGCAAGUGGUCCAUGCUCGUCGGGGGGCUCACCUUCCUCGUCGGCGCCGCGCUCAACGGCGCCGCCCAGAACGUCGCCAUGCUCAUCAUCGGUCGCAUCCUCCUCGGCAUCGGCGUCGGAUUCGCCAAUCAGUCUGUGCCGGUGUACCUGUCGGAGAUGGCGCCGGCGCGUCUCCGGGGCAUGCUCAACAUCGGGUUCCAGCUGAUGAUCACCAUCGGCAUCCUGGCGGCGGAGCUGAUCAACUACGGCACCAACAAGAUCAAGGCCGGGUACGGGUGGCGCGUGAGCCUGGCGCUGGCGGCGGUGCCGGCGGCCAUCAUCACACUGGGCUCCAUCUUCCUGCCCGACACCCCCAACUCCCUCCUGGAGCGGGGCCACCCGGAGGAGGCGCGGCGCAUGCUCCGGCGCAUCCGCGGCACGGAGGACAUCGGCGAGGAGUACGCGGACCUGGUGGCGGCGAGCGAGGAGGCCCGGCAGGUGCAGCACCCGUGGCGGAACAUCCUCAAGCGCCGGUACCGCGCGCAGCUCACCAUGGCCGUCGUGAUCCCCUUCUUCCAGCAGCUGACGGGGAUCAACGUCAUCAUGUUCUACGCGCCGGUGCUGUUCGAGACGCUGGGGUUCAAGAACGACGCCUCCCUCAUGUCCUCCGUCAUCACGGGGCUCGUCAACGUCUUCGCCACCGUGGUGUCCAUCGUCACCGUCGACCGCGUGGGGCGCCGGAAGCUGUUCCUCCAGGGCGGCGCGCAGAUGAUCGUGUGCCAGCUCGUGGUGGGCACGCUCAUCGCCGCCAAGUUCGGGACCAGCGGCACGGGCGACAUCGCCAGGGGUUACGCGGCGGCGGUGGUGGUGUUCAUCUGCGCCUACGUGGCCGGGUUCGCCUGGUCGUGGGGGCCGCUCGGGUGGCUGGUGCCGUCGGAGAUCUUCCCGCUGGAGAUCCGGCCGGCGGGGCAGAGCAUCAACGUGUCCGUCAACAUGUUCUUCACCUUCUGCAUCGCGCAGGCGUUCCUCACCAUGCUCUGCCACUUCAAGUUCGGGCUCUUCUACUUCUUCGCCGGCUGGGUCGUCAUCAUGACCGUCUUCAUCGCGCUCUUCCUGCCGGAGACCAAGAACGUGCCCAUCGAGGAGAUGGUGCUCGUCUGGAAGUCACACUGGUUCUGGAAAAAGUUCAUCGCCGACGAGGACGUGCACGUCGGCGGCAACCACCUGCAGAUGGCCAAAAACGGCCGCGACACCAAGGGGGCCGACGCCUGA